AACACACGGAUGAGCAUGAGUGCCGUCGCCAAUUUCCCUUAUUAAUCAAUCUGCCGGAACGAUCCCCGGCACUUUGACCAGCUAUUAUGAUCGGUACAACCAUGGGCGAAACGGGGGCGCGGUAUAUGAACCAUUCGUGGGGAGAUCACAUUGCUGGACAGCGUUGUUGCCGCGGAGUACAUUCGCUCUUCUCAUUCGUUUUACAAACAUGAUCGCCGUUUCACGAGUAAGCCUCGCUUCGUGGGCAUUUAUCGCGAUCAGUGCGCACGCGCAUCCGCUAUUCAAUGGUGUAUUGGUGCAGCGAGCAGAGGACCUGAGGAAGACGUACGAUUAUGUGGUGGUCGGGGCUGGCGCGACGGGUUUGACGGUUGCGAAUCGAUUGUCGGAGGACCCUACUGUCACUGUGCUUGUGAUCGAGGCUGGGGAAUUUGACCAGAACGAAGACUUUGUGACCGUUCCUGGUCUUGCAGGCGGUGCGGUUGGCACAAAGUAUGACUGGAACACGUCGUACACUGCGAAUGAUGCUCUGGGCGGUCGAGUCGUGCCUAUACCGCAGGGAAAAGUCGUUGGUGGCUCCACGAAGCUGAACCGCAUGGUCUUUGACCGUGGGUCGAAGUCAGAUUAUAAUGCUUGGGAAGGCUUCGGAAAUGAUGGGUGGAACUUUGAAGGCAUCUUACCAUACUUUAAGAAGAACGAAAAGUUCACACCACCGACGGAGGAGAUUCUGGCUGAGUACGACAUCAAAUGGGAUCUUGCCUUUCACGGCGACAAGGGACCUAUGUAUACUUCAUAUUCUCCCUUCAUUUGGCCAACGACCAAAAAUCUUAUUAACGCGACGAAAGAAGCCGGAAUAUACAUUCCUGAGGACCAAGCUAAUGGAAAUGCCUAUGGAGGUUACUACUGCCCUCACAACCUAGACCCUGUCAAUGUCACACGGUCUUCUGCCAAAGAAGCGUAUUACAACACCGCGUCCGCGCGCCAGAACUUUCACGUUAUUACAGGGAACCAGGUCAAACGAAUCGUUACUCAGACGAUAAAUGGUACUGUCAAGGUGACCGGCGUUGAGUUUGCCAGCUCUUCAAAUGCAACAUGCCAAGCCGUCAAUGUCUCUCGUGAGGCUGUCCUCGCCGCUGGGGCGCUUCAUACACCUCAGCUACUCCAAGUGUCUGGCAUUGGAGACUCAGCCCAUCUCAAGAGCAUCAAUGUGGAGCCUAUUGUCGACCUGCCAGCUGUUGGACAGAAUCUGCACGAUCAUGUUUCAGCUAUAGUCGUAAAUACCAUCAACACCACCAUUCUGACCCAAAGUGCCCUCCAAAACGCCACCUUUGCCGCCCAGGCUCGAGAAGAAUACAAUACACAGAGGAAGGGCCCGUACUCUUCUCCUACGGGCGACUUCCUCCUAUUCCUUCCCGUCCCCACGUAUUCAAAUGACUCGGCUUCAAUUCACGCUCAAGCCAGUGCUGGAAAUGUAUCAGCUUCUCUCCCGUCCGACGCCACCGCCGAAGUUAUCAAAGGGUACCAAGCCCAGUACGAAUCUCUGACUGCGAGGCUCCUCGCCAACGACUCUGGGACCCUUGAAAUUAUCUGGGCAGACGGCGUCAUAGUUCUUGGUCUUCAGCAUCCUUACUCGCGAGGAAGCGUCAAGGCGGCUUCAUCUAGCAUAUUUGAUCCGCCAGUCGCAGACUCUGGCUUCCUACGCAACCCUCUGGACGUGCUGCUUCUACGAGAAGGCGUAAAGUUUGCGCGUCGCUUCAUAACGUCUCCAUCGCUCGCGGCACUGAAUCCCUUCGAGGCCGUGCCUGGAGCGAAUGUCACCAGCGAUGCUGAUCUGGACGAAUACAUUCGUGGCAGUGCGUCGACUUUGUACCAUCCGGCGGGGUCCUGUAAGAUGGGACCAAAAGAAGAGGGCGGUGUAGUUGAUGGGGAACUCAAGGUGCAUGGUGUUCAAGGACUGAGGAUCGUGGAUCAAAGUGUGUUCCCGCAGUUGCCCGCAAGCCACACGAUGACGACGGCGUAUGGUGUCGCUGAGAAGGCGGCAGAUAUCAUCCGUGGGGUAUAGAGUAGGAGAGGAAUCCGAGGCACAGCGAAAGUCGUGUAAAUAUUUGUACCAAACUUCAUCACGUCGUGAAAAGUCCAGUUCUGAAGACACAGUUACAUCUGUUUAGGCCUCAAGCGAAAUUCUCGU